UCAACUCUUGCAUAUAAAUUUGGAGAAGAGAAAGAGUACUAAUUAAUAAGAGUGUUUGUUUGUUUAGCUCUUGAAGACAAAGAGAGUAAUGGGUGCUUCACAAUCAAUCUCAGAAAAUUCUAUUCAUGAAUUCAAAGUCAAGGAUGCAAGGGGCAAAGAUGUGGACCUUGGCAAGUACAGGGGGAAAGUUCUUCUUGUAGUUAAUGUUGCUUCAAAAUGUAACUUUGCAGAUGCCAAUUACACUCAGUUAACUCAGCUUUACACCAAAUACAAGGAGAUAGGUCUUGAGAUAUUGGGAUUUCCAUGCAACCAAUUUUUGAGGAAAGAGCCAGGGACUAGUCAAGAGGCACAAGAUUUUGCCUGUGACAAAUAUAAGGCUGAGUAUCCCAUUCUUGGGAAGAUACGUGUGAAUGGAAAAGAUACAGCACCUGUUUAUAAAUACCUCAAAGCACAAAAAAGUGGAAGUUUGGGAUCAAGGAGAAUAAAGUGGAAUUUCACUAAGUUUUUAGUUGAUGAGAAUGGUCAUGUCAUCCAGCGUUAUAGUCCAACCACCCAACCAUUGGCCAUUGAGGAUGAUAUCAAGAAGGCAUUGAGAGUGGCUUGAGAGACUCUCUACAAUUGCUUGUGUUGAAGAUAUACACAUCUUAUAACCCUCCAAGAAAGAAAAAAAUGUUUAUUUUAAUUUGUGUAUUUAUUGCAUAUAUUCACGUCUAAAGUUUAAUAUUGUUUGGUUGUUUGAAUGUAUUCUUUAUAUGUUGAGGUGGAUGCCAGUAGGGAAAUUUAUUCAAUUUGUUUAUUUUGUAAACUAAACAUCACCAUGACCAUGCUUGGUUGAGGUAGUGGAAUCAUUUACAAGUUAUUGCAAUAA